CGGCGCUCCCGCCGGGGUAGGCUGCGCGCCGGAUAUAUGCGGCCGGCGGCAGAGCACGCUGCUGCGUGAGGCGCUCCUCGUCCGCCGGGCCGGCCUGUGGUGAAGCGGCGCCUCCCGCUCCCGUCCCGCUCCGCCCGCAGUUUUCAGUUGACCAAAGAAAUGGUGAUGGAGAAGCCAAGUCCCCUGCUGGUCGGGCGGGAAUUUGUGAGGCAGUACUAUACCCUGCUGAACCAAGCACCUGACUACUUGCACAGGUUUUAUGGAAAGAACUCUUCCUAUGUCCAUGGUGGCUUGGAUUCCAAUGGAAAACCAGCUGAUGCAGUCUAUGGGCAAUCUGACAUCCACAAGAAGGUGCUGUCAUUAAACUUCAAGGACUGCCACACAAAGAUUCGUCACGUGGACGCCCACGCCACCCUCAACGAUGGUGUUGUGGUGCAGGUGAUGGGGGAGCUCUCCAACAACAUGCAGCCCGUGCGCAGGUUCAUGCAAACCUUCGUGCUCGCACCCGAGGGUUCUGUUGCAAACAAGUUCUAUGUCCACAAUGAUAUCUUCCGCUACCAGGAUGAGGUUUUUGGGGACUCUGACACCGAGCCUCCAGAGGAAUCAGAGGAGGAAGGGGAGGAACCUGAGGAAAGACAGCAGACACCUGAGGCUGUUCCUGAUGAUACUGGUGCUUACUAUGAGCAGGCUGUCAGCAAUGACAUUGAGGAACACCUGGAAGAAACAACUGCAGAGGCAGAGCCUGAGCCAGAGGCAGAACCUGAACAGGAACCUGAACCAGAGGCGCAGGAAGAAAAGUCUGAGCCAGUAUUAGAGGAGUCAGCUCCAGAAGAGACGGUGGAAAAGAGUCCUUCUCCAGCUCCUGCUGAUCCAGCUCCUGCAGUGCAAGAGGACUCAAGGACAUUUUCCUGGGCAUCAGUAACCAGCAAGAACCUUCCUCCCAGCGGGGCUGUUCCAGUAUCAGGAAUACCACCUCAUGUUGUGAAAGUACCGGUCUCACAGCCCCGCCCUGAGGCAAAGCCCGAGUCUCAGACCCCACCUCAGAGACCUCAGAGGGAUCAGCGAGUGAGGGAGCAGCGAACAAGCAUCCCACCACAGAGGGGUCCUAGGCCAAUUCGCGAGGGUGAACAAGGCGAUGUGGAAACCAGACGGAUUGUGAGAUACCCAGACAGUCACCAGCUUUUUGUUGGGAACCUUCCCCAUGAUGUGGAUAAAUCUGAACUUAAAGACUUUUUCCAAAAACUUGGCUUUUCUCUUGCAGGCUAUGGCAAUGUUGUUGAACUCCGCAUCAACAGUGGUGGAAAGCUCCCCAAUUUUGGGUUUGUGGUGUUUGAUGAUCCUGAACCAGUUCAGAAGAUCCUUAGCAACAGGCCCAUCAUGUUCAGGGGAGAGGUGCGCCUGAACGUGGAGGAGAAGAAGACACGAGCUGCCAGGGAGGGUGACCGCAGAGAUAACAGACCUCGUGGACCUGGAGGCACUCGUGGGGGGCUGGGAGGUGGGAUUCGAGGGCCUCCACGUGGAGGAAUGUCCCAGAAGCCAGGAUUUGGAGCUGGAAGAGGGAUCGGGCAACGCCAGUGAAGGCAUCAUCGCGGAUGUUGACACGGAGGCGCAAACCCUUUUUCCUGCAGAUUUGUGAAUUUCAGCCUUGGGUAUCUUGGAAUGUGGCCCUAGCCUGUUAUAGACUGCUACGUUUGAUACUAUUUUGGCCCCUUUUUGUUUGUGUUAUGGUUCUGUGAUUUAUUUUUUUUCUAGUCCUUGUCCCAGAUUCCAGCUUUGUGGAACAACGUUUUAGGAAAAGUGGAUUUUAAAAAGAGAAGAACUGAAUUUUCUUGUUAACCUCAAACUUACGGACUGAAUUUUUUUGGUACCAGUGGUUUUUCCUAAAGGAAUGUCUCUACUUUUUUUUCUUUUUUUUUUUUUUUUUCUCUCCCCUUUCUACUGAAUUUGGGUGCAUUUCAGUCAGUGGAAUGAUAUUUCACGUGCAUGCGUUCAAGAGCCUGUAGGAAAACAUAGUACUUGGCAAGUAUUUCAAGGGCAGAAAAACAAAACUAUUGAUGUUUCUUUGAGGGUCAUAUGAACAUCCUCUGGUGUGGAGAUAUUGCCACUUGAAAAAUUGACUUUCACCUUUCUCUUUGUGGCGCUGUAAGAGUGGAAUAAUGGGUAUCUGUAGAAUCUCUUUUUCUUUUGAUACAUGAUCACAGAAAGGAAUUCGAACUACUGUUUUACCACUUUGAAAUUUUGGAUUGUGGGAUAGCUUUUAAAUGUCUAGAACUUGACUCUUCAAACACUUUUCCUGAACUUGUGAAAUUUUUUAUUGAAAUAGGGAGUUUUUUUCAUGUUUAGUUUGUAUUUGUAUAAAAAAAAGCAAAAUUGUUGUGCCUUCUAUUUAUCUCUCAUUCCAGUUUUGGCAAAUUGUUUUAAAAAAUAAAAAUAAAAAAGGUCUAGAUUUGCUUUAUCAA